AUGGAUGAUUUAUCGGAUGAUUUCAUUCUCGCAAAGUCAUACUUUGAUUGUGGAGAGCAUCUGAGGUGUGCACAUACACUAGAGUCAUGUCAUGAACCCGAAGAAACCUUUCUAAAGUUGUAUGCCAAGUAUAUCUCUGGGGAAAAGAAAAAGGAAGAAGAGCACCAAGGAAUUCUUACGAUUCAGGAUCAUGCCGGAGAUUCCAGUAGAGGACGGAUGGUAGAAACAAAUUCUCAGCUUGACUCUAUUCUGACUGAGUUAGAAGGGUCUGUUAAUGGUUCUAUCAUGGAUCCUUUCUUGUUGUAUAUUAUGGCAAUUGUCCAUCGUGAACAAAAGAAUAAUAAACUUGCAAUUGAGCGAUUAAUUGAAUCGUUGAAAAGGUUUCCUUAUAAUUGGAGCGCUUGGGAAGAGCUGUUAUGCUGCAUUCCCACAAUUGAUGAGCUAUCAGAUAUAGCCCCACGAUUACCGGCACACUUGAUGACCAAAAUCUUUCUUGUAUAUGCCCAGCAAGAACUUUUUCAACAAGAUCCUCAAGUUGAUGCUUUACUCGAGUCAUUGCGCCUUAUUUUUCCCAACUUUCUAUUUCUCGCUGUCCAGGAAGCCCUAUUCAACUAUCACAGUCUCAACUACAACGAGUCAGAGGAACAGUUUCAGGAAAUAUUAACAAAAGAUCCGUAUCGACUCGAUGGUAUGGAUAUAUAUUCCAACAUCUUGUAUGUCAUGGAACGGGGGCCCAAAUUAGCAUUUCUUGCGCAAUUGGCAAACAAUACAGACAAGUUCCGUCCUGAAACCUGUUGUAUCAUGGGCAACUACUAUAGUUUGAAGUCACAACAUGAAAAAGCAGUUAUUUAUUAUCAACGAGCACUACUUCUAGAUCGAAAUUGUCUUAGCGCUUGGACGUUGAUGGGCCAUGAAUUCAUAGAACUCAAAAACACACACGCUGCGAUUGAAUCUUAUCGACGAGCAGUUGAUGCGAGCAAUAAAGACUAUAGAGCUUGGUAUGGGCUAGGUCAGGCAUACGAAGUUCUCGACAUGCACUACUACUCUUUAUAUUAUUAUCAGCGCGCUGCAGCUCUCAAACCUAUGGAUGUCCGUAUGUGGAUAGCUCUUGGACAUUGUUUUGAUAAACUAGAGCGGUAUGAUGAAGCAAUCAAAGCUUAUAAAAGGGCUCUCCAAGUGUCUCAUAGAGACCCCUCGUUCUUACUUAAUAUCGCAACUCUUUACGAACGGCUAAAUGACGAAGAAAAUGCUGAACAGUUUAUGAGGCUUUGUGUUGCUGAAGAACGUAACGAAGGAAUUAUAGAGCCCAUAUGUCAAGCGCGAAUAUGGUUAGCAAAGCUGGAGAUGCGGAGGAAAAACUGGUCUGCAGCCUAUAGCUAUGCUGAGGGUGUCACACAAGGCGAGGGUGGCGGUCUAACCGGGAUUGAUGAGGCGAGAUCUAUUAUUCGCGAGUUGCGCAAUGUAAUACACACAGGGUAG